CGUAUUAUUACUCAUGUCAUGAUCCAAUUUUUUUUUUAAAAAAAAUCUGAUAAGCUCAGGAAAUUUCUCUAACUAUAACUAUAGUACAUACCCACACGUCAAUCUAAAUACGCUUUUUUCUACCGGUAAUACCAGCAAAGUUAGAGAGAGGAGAGAGGAGAGAGAAGAGUGGUGAGUUUGAUGAUGGUUGAGGGUGGGAAAUUCAGAGGAGAAAAAUGGAAGAGGAGACACACCUGACUUUUCUUCCACAUAAAGCACUCUCAAUGGACCCCAUUGAUUUUACCCCAACACUCACGUAUUCCUUCUAUUGUCACCCAACAAUGACAACAUUGUAAAGCUCGAGUCUUUUACUUUCUUACUCUUCUCUCUCUCUCUCUCCCUUCUAUUCCUCUCCACUUUCCUCAGUCUUUAAUGGCUGCCCGCCUCUAUGAGAAUUUCUGAGUAAAAAAAAACUAUUAGUGGGUCGGUGCUGGAUAAGCAUUUUGGCCUUUCUCUUUUUGGUUGUCAAGAAAAAGAUACCCAUUACCCAUUGAGAAAAGAAAAAGAUAGAUUUUGUUUCUAAGCAUGUGUUUUUGUUGAAUUUGGUGUAAAUUUGAUCUGGGUUUUGCUAAAAAAGUGUGAUAUUUUGGACCCUGUCAGAAAAUUAUUUUUGAUAGUGCGGUGCUGAAACCUUGACAUUAUUGAAGGUUGAAGAGGUUUAACUUUCUGGGCUUGUUCUUUUUUGGGAGGGAAGAAGAGAACUUCUCCACAUGAUAGCUUUUUGUGAAGAAUUUUUUAUGACCCGUUUAAAGCUUCUAUCGAAAAAUGAAGUCUUUAAUAUCUUAACAUCCAAGGAAAGUUUAGAUGCCCUGAACUUCCCUCUGUUACAAAGCUUGAGAUUUUGAAACUGGAAUCUCUGGACUAAACUGCACUAGAUUUCUCCAGCAGCAUUAUUCUUUUCGAGCUUAACGAAUUUCGGCUCUAUCUAAGUGAGAGAUCGGCAAAGAAAAUUAGAAAGGCAUAUAAAUCUUUCUACAGGAAGAAACAAAAAAGAAGAGGAAAUCAUUGAUUUGAUAUGGCUAAGAGGUCUCACAGACGCGCGGUACGGUAUGAGAAAGAUCAGUCAGGUUGUAUGUGGGGUUUUAUUAGUAUAUUUGACUUUCGCCAUGGCCGCUCUACUCGUAAGUUGAUUACAGAUAAAAGACAUGGAAGCAAGCACACUAUUGGAACUGGAAUUGCUAAGAAUAGGUUUGAAAUAUUGAGUAAUUUGGGAGAACAUUGUCAAGGCACCAAUGCUGGUGAUAGGACUGCGGAAAUUUUGACAGCUGAUACGGUUAAGCCUAGUGUCAAGAAACUCAUUGAAGAAGAGAUGGUUAAUGAGCAGGGCAUGAAGAAAGAGACUAGGGAUGCUGUAGAGGAACCUAAGCAGUCAGAAUCUGCUUAUGAAGGUGAUGUAAAGAUGGAUCCUAAGAGGAUUAGGAAGACUCGGAAGAAAAGCCGUGAUAUGGAUGUGCAAAAUGUGCAAUCUGAGUGCUCUUGUAAACAUAAUGCUGACCACCAAUCUAUAAAAGAUCUAGCUAUAGAUGAGAUAAUGGAAGAGUUCUCUCGCCGGAUUCACCAAAAAAGUAUUAGUUUCAGGAAGGAUGGCUUGAAUGGUGAAACUCCUGAGCUAUUAACUGACAAGCAUUCUGAUUUUGAGGAGAAAUUGAAUGGGGUAAUUAAGGAGUUUAUAAUUCAGAAGUUUACAGAUGGGAAAUGUCUCAAAGAAGACCAGAAAAUCCACCUCCAAUUCAGGGAACUCAUCGAUAAACUACAGCUCACUAGCUCAGAUGAGGAAUUGUUGCUGAAGCUCUUACAGGAUCCACAAUCUUUGCUGGUUAAGUAUGUUCAAGGCUUGCAUGAAUCUCAAGUGGAAAAAGAUGCAGAAUGCAAGCCCAUUGGAGGAUCUGAUUUCUCAGAACAUAAGCUUGUCAGCUCAAGAAAAUCUGAAGAUGUUGUCAAUCAUAAACAUCGGUCCUUUUUCAGGAGGAGGACCAAGUCUCAGGAAAGAAACCAGUUGGAGGAAAAUGAACACCCUGACAUUUUGAGUAAAAUUGUCAUUUUAAAGCCUGGACCAACAACAGGUUUAAGAAAUUCCAAAGAUGAAAGUAGCCUCGGAAAAUCCCAAGAGUAUCAUGAUAUUGUUGGAAGUAAAGAACCAAGUGAUAGAGUUGGAUCCCACUUUUUCCUUUCUGAAAUUAAAAGAAAAUUUAAGCAGGCUAUGCGAAAACAACAAGAACAAUCAGGAUCUGGAAUUUCAAGCAGAUCUUCCACCGGUCAUCAGUCUAAGGGAGAUAGUGAAAAAGUAGUUGGGAAGGGAAAUGUUGGAAGAAAUUCUCCUACUAAAGAUCAUUUCUACAUUGAAAGAAUUGCUAAACCUUCCAGUGGUUCGAGGAGAGGGGACAAGAUUAAUAAAAUGAAAGACUCUGAAAUAAGUAAGCAGGAAAGUGAUGCUUUUCCCAGCGAAAGAAUGUCUAGUAUCUAUGACCAGGCCAAGAAACAUCUCUCUGAUCAGUUGCUUAGCAAUGGAGAUGGUGCAGACUUAUCAAACCGACAUAAUACUAAGACCCUGGGGAGGAUCCUUUCUCUUCCUGAGUACAGCGCUUCUCCUAAUGGCAGCCCUAGAAAGGACUGGGAAAAUAACUUUGUGACUGCACAAAUGAGAUUCUCUUCCCAAGACAAAUAUCAAGUGAUCAAUGAGAACAGAUGUUCUCCCAAAUCAGAAAACAAUGUCAGUCCUCUAAGUAGGGAAGCAGAAAAUUUAGAGAGUAAUUCACCUGUUACUGGCAACAGCCCUGAUCAAAAAGUAGAAGCUCCUAACUCAAAGACUGAUAUUUCUGAUGAUGUUGGUCGUGAAAUUGAAGUAGAAGAUGCUGUUAUUUCCACUAAAGAGAAUAUCAGUUGUGAAGGUGAUUCAGAGUUUGUAAAAGAAAGUAGCAUUACUUCAGAUGGUCCCUGUGAACCGUGUAGCUCUUCCACUGCAAGGGAUGACCCGAGUGAUGAUGUUCCCGUCACCUGCGAUGAUAAAAGUGAUUCUCUUUGCUUGAAACAGGAUUCACAUGAAGAGAACCAAGUCCAAUCUUCUCCACCAAGUUCCCCUUCCAGCUCUUUCACCUCCAGAAAGGUUGCCGAUUCAGAAAGUUCUGUGGACAUACCAGAAAGGCCGAGUCCUGUUUCAGUUCUUGAGCCUCUUUUUGGGGAGGAUGAUAUUAACCCUGCAAGCUCCACAUCUCAAACUGCCAACUCAACAAUACAACCACUUCGAAUUGAAUUUGAAGAUCCUGGUUCUCCACCUGCUUCUGAUGAAGCAUGCAACGGAAAAAGAUUAUUGGAUGACAAGGAGUCAAUAUGUGCUUAUGCAAAAGCUUUGAUGCAAGCAUCUGGGUUGAAUUGGGAUAAAAUCUGUAUAAAGCUGUUUUCCUCAGACCAACUACUUGAACCAUCAUUGGUUGAUGAGAUUGAGUUUUUCUCCAACAAACUCUGCUGUGAUCAGAAGCUUCUCUUUGACUGUAUAAACGAGGUCCUUGUGGAGGUUUGUCAAUACUAUUUUGGUUCCUCUCCUUGGCUAUCGUUUGCUAAACCUAGUGUAUGUCCGAUCCCAGACAUGACAAAUGUUGCUCUUGUGGUUUCUAAAGGAGUUUAUUGGCAUCUUCUUCAAAUUCCUUUGCCUCAUACUCUUGACCAGAUUAUCAGGAAAGAUAUGGCAAGAACUGGAACGUGGUUGGACGUUCGGUUUGAUGCUGAAACCAUUGGUUUUGAUCUGGGUGAAACCAUUCUCGAAGACUUGAUGGAAGACACCAUAUUAAGUUGUGUAAAUAUAAGUUGCGAAAGUGAACAUGAUUUGCUUCCAGAGUUAGAGGAAAAUGCAAGAACUGUCGACUUGUAGAAAACAACUAGCAUUUUGUUCAUACUCGAAGUUUGAAACUGACCCGCAUUGCGUCAAAAGUGCAAUUCAAUUUUGUUCACUGGGAAGAUGGACAGCUAAUGUGAUCUGAUAAGAAGAGAGGCUUACCUGAAACAUCCUGGAUAUAGUUUGACUAAGCUUUUCUUUUAACUUCGUGUAAUGAAUCAAUCUGUACAGAAUCUGCCACAUCAAAGAACCAGGAGUCAUGGGCAUUUAGGUGUUGUUUUAUCAACCUAAAGAUCCUUCAUGGGCAGGACUCAGGAGGGUCAGAGACUUCAGUUUGGACGUGCUCAUUUCAUCGACAAAAACGGUGUUUUUUUCUUUAGGAUGACAGGCAGCUAGCUAUGUAGAUUUUGUAGAGUUCUGCAGUGUUCAUGUGUUAGUUGAGGGUGUGUUUAUUUUGUUUGAUUGAUUCUUUCUUCUUUGUGUUAAGUUCUUUUGCCUUUUCUGGUUGUGUUUGUGAAGAUCGUUUAUCCGGGAUUGUGUGAAUUGUUACUAGGAAAUUUAAUAAAGAGAAAAUAAAAUAAUUACUACUUUUUAACUCGAAA